AUGUUUGCAAUUUUCGAGCAGGUCUUAGGGCGAGAUAAGCUCAUCUGGGGUGCCCGGUUGGACGGCUUUUGGAGAUUCGAAUUUUAUAUCACGUCCUCACGGUUUAUCACAAGAUGGGCGCUAUAUAUAUCGCAGACACCGGAAGAUCCUCGUCUUUCAAGACACGGAUAUCGAUAUCAAAUUAAAAGCACGACUAUUAAUUAUUCCGAUGUGGCCGUGUGGAGAUCUCAAGAUUAG